AUGGAUUCAGACAAUUCAGAUAAUUACGAUAAAAAAAUUUGGGAGUUGAAUGAACGUCGAUCUGGAAGUUCCUCUAGGCCAAAGAGAAGAACAACGGUAGACCGAGGUCGUGAAGAAGGGCACAAUCGAUUAUUCAAUGACUACUUCUCGGAAAACCCAGUAUACACAGAUGUUCAAUUCCGAAGAAGGUUCGGAAUGCAUAGGCAUGUAUUUCUUCGAAUUGUAGAUGCCCUUGGAAAUCAUGAUGAAUAUUUCCAAAUGAGGGUCGAUGCAACUGGUAAAAUGGGUCUUUCACCAUUGCAGAAAUGUACAUCUGCUAUUCGUAUGCUGGCGUAUGGGUCUCUUGCUGACCUUGUAGACGAAUAUGUUCGAAUCGAUGAAAUCACUUCAAUUGAGUGCUUAGAAAGAUUUGUUAAGGGUGUCAAUGUUAUAUUUGGCGCUGAGUAUUUGAGAAAGCCUAACAACACUGAUGUUGAACAUCUUUUACAAAUGGGAGAGUCACGUGGCUUUCCAGGUAUGUUGGGUUCCAUCGAUUGUAUGCAUUGGGUAUGGAAAAAUUAUCCUGUUGCAUGGAAAGGACAAUUUUGUCGAGGUGAUCAUGGUAAGCCCACAAUCAUGCUUGAAGCAGUGGCAUCACAAGACUUAUGGAUUUGA